AGGAUGGCGGCGCGCCGGGUGCUAGUGCUAAUAUUGUGGUUGUAAAUUGUAAUACAGUUAAAAUGAUCACAAUGCGAUGGUGGUAGCUCAGAAGUAAAUAAUUGUGAAAAGCUUUAUUCAAAAUGAGUGCUUAUGAGAACUCAGUGUUUGAUUUUGACAUCAAUUUCCUCCAUCCAUCAGAAAUUACCGUGAACAAUACUCAGAGUGACAAACGGCGUAAACAAGUACUGCUAUGUAAAAAGAAAAUUGUAGGCACAGAUGUGCUUCUUAAAAAUCACUAUAUGUGUAGAGAAAAGCUGGAAGCGAAAGAGGUUAUGUAUCUAACUGCAAAAGAAGAAUGUAAACAAGUGUGUAUAGACUACCAAGAUGCUUUGGAGAAAUAUAUGCAAUUAGAAAAAGAACUGCACACACUUAGGAAACAAUAUGCAGAAAUUGAGUCAAAAUGUAUAUUGUAUGAGAAUCAGUAUGAAGGGAUGAAGUCUCAUGCUAAUCAGCUUCAGCUUUUAGUAAAAGAACGUGAAUCAAGUAUUGAAGCUCUAAAAGUUGAGAAACACUUAGAGAAAAAUGAUGCUGUUGAUUAUGAAAAGAACCUCGCUGCCAAAGAAAAAGAAAUUGAGGACCUUCUGAAGCAUCUCAAAAGUCUUGAUAUAGAUAAUGCACUUAAAAUGGUUCCAAAAAAAAUACGCAAGCGGCACAAAUUAUUAUUACGAAAGUAUGAUAAUUUAAAGACUAUUUGUAGUGAAGACGACUCAUCAGAUAGCGGCAAUGAGCAGCCGGAUAGCUUCGACGAUCCACCACAUUCACCCUUGUUCACUGCCCCUGAGGACUCUGCAGGGGAUCAAAUUAAACAUGAUGUCUUCAAGACAAAUAAUAUGAAAAUCUGUGUCAAAAAAGAUUCGACGAGACUCAAUGAAGAUAACGACUCCGAUUUUAGCAAUGAAGUUGUGAGCGAAGACACUGGGCGUGGGUCCUCUUUAGCAUUUUCAGAUGGUGAAAAGUGUUUCAGUAGUCCAGAUUAUUACAGUAAUGAUAGUCCUAUAACAAAAGAAAUAAAUCAAGCCAAUGAACUACGUGUUUUGAUAAAUACAGGAACCAGUCCAAUUAGAAGCCAUGAAGUAAGAUCUCCCUGUAUAUUCGACGAUGCAGCAGACAUGAAUAGCCUGGAGUAUUUUAUUACUGACAUUCCCUUAAGUAACGAAAUUGUUACAAUCAAAGAAAAAAGAAAAUUGAUUGAUAUUGGCACCAGUCCAAUUAAGGACUUAGAAAAAGUUACUGUAGCAACUAGUCCCUUGUUGUUUGAUGAAUGUGUUGAACAAAAUGUUAGUGAAGCAGUCUCUAAAUCAGAAACAACAGAUUACCAAACAAGGGAUGUUAAUGAUAAAUGUCAGAGCGAUAUAAAUACCAGGAAAACCCCGUGUAUACUAAUAACUGAUGAUACUGUAUCUGGUGUAAAAGGAAAGCAUACUAAAAUUGACAAUUUAGCAAGUCAUUUUGAGCUUGAAAUAAGUGGAAAAUCAGUUGAAGAAAAGAAAUGCUUGGAAAGAAAUAACAGCAUCAACUUUUGUGUCGAAAAUAGUAAUGAUGAUGAAAUUGAAAUGAUAUUAAAUACUAUGCGAUUGACACACAAGCCUAUAACACCUAUUCCCGAAACUCCCGUGGAAAAACAUAAAAAUAAAAGUAGAAAAUUAGAAGAGAUAGAACGAGACAAUUCAAUACUGAAAGAGGAAAAUAAAAUUAUACGAUCACGUCUAGUUGAUCUCAGUAAAGAGAUAAUGAAUAUAAAGUGCUUCUUAAAGAUUGAUAAAUCUAAAGAAGAGGUAGCUAAUGAAGACAAUAUUUGUGUAAAUACUGAAAUAUUUGAUGAUACUAGUCAAGAAACAAUAUUUAUAAGUGCUAAUGGAGAUGACAGUAAUAAUAAAAAUGAAGAAAGUGAAAUCAACAGUUUUAGCUUUUCAAAUUCUUUAAGAAAUGAAGUAUCCCAGGAAUUAGAGUAUGACAUACUGAAACCGGCGGCUCCAUCUUGUCUUUCUAAACAAAACGAUAUAUCCCAAGUCCAUGAAUCCCCAGCAACUGAUAUUUUAAUUGAAGAUGUUGCUCAUGUUACUAAGAAUGAUAGCCGGGAAGCUAUAACCUUUGAAGAAGAUUUGACUAGUGAAGAUGAGAGUGAUAUAAUAAUAAAUAGUAAAGUAGAUUAUACUCUACAAGAUAUGUCAAUAGACUGUAGCAAAUCAAGAAAGUCAAAGAAUAAAAAUUUAAGUAAAUUAGAAAAAUUCAAACAAAAAAUACUACCCAAAUCCAAAAUUUCAAAGAAUGCUCCUAUUCGAAAACUACGUUCUAAGUCAAAGCCGACUUCCAUAGUAAAACUUCAAAAGAUGACCGAAGUGGAUGCUAUUGCAAUAUUAAAUAAUAAAUCAGCUUACGAACAUGCAGCAAAAGUAUUGGCAGAAAUCAAAUCAAAGGAAAAGGUUUCGGCAAAUAAAGAACGUAUUACUAGAAAGGCCAAAAAAAUGGUAACUGGCAAAAAUGAUAAUGUAAACGAUAUUGACUGCGUAGAGAAGCAUAAACAUAUUGCUGAAAAAGAAAAAAAGAAUCCUGAAAAACAUACAAAACGGAAGUCGAAUGACCAGCAAUAUGAAAAGCAUUCGGAAUCAAUUGAAGAUGUUGGUUAUACCACGAGAAGUCGCAGUCGUAAGCUCAGCAGUAAUUGUGUUUCACCCCCCCAAAUAGAUACAAGGGAGGCCAGUACAUCGGAAGAAAAACGUAAAAGAUUAAAACGUGGGGCUACCGAUAGUCCAAUUGUCGGUUCCAAGAGAGUCCUGCGUAGUUCUAGUAUUCCAGACACGUUCGUUGAUUUAGAUACUGUAAAUAAAGCUGUAUCAUAUGAUAUAGCUGAAACAGUUUCAGUUAAAGGCCGAAAUCGUAAAAUAUCCACUAGCUCAAAUGAAAGUGGGGAACAAAACAAUAAAGUUCGAAACGUUUUCAAUUCAAAUAAAAAAGUUCAUAAUAGAAAAUUAUCCAAGAGUGAAAAUGAAGAACAAAACGAUAAAAUUAGUAACAUUUCCGAUUCACCUUAUAAAAUUCAAAAUCGAAAAUUAUCCAAGAGUGAAAGUGAAGAACAAAACUAUAAAAUUAGUAACAUUUCCGAUUCACCUAAAAAAAUUCAAAAUCGAAAGUUAUCCCAGCUUGAACAUGAUGAACAAAACAUAAGUGAUAUUAUUAAAAACGUUUCUAACGCACCUAAUAAAAUUCAAGAUCAUAUAAUAUCUGAUGUGAAUAAUGCAAAAGACGAACGUAACAAAAGUUCAGAAGUAACAGAUUUGGAGCCUAUACCUAGCCAAAUUAGCCAUCCAAGGCAAAGUAUUCUUUGUAGGAUGCUAGAAAAACAUGGCCGACGGGACCCGAAGUCCUCUAAUAAAAGAGUUCCUGAUAAAAUCAUAAAUAGUAUUUGUAAAAAGUUAGAAGACGGCAUUGCUUCAAUAAAUGAACUACCCUCGGGUAAAGUUAAACCAGCCAUGAACAAACUUGCUGAUGAAGUGCAAAGCUGGAAUGUGAAGCAUUUCAUGUUAGGCUUCAUGAAAUACCUGAAGGAUCCAGAUCGGAAGAGAGAACUGUACAGCAAAGUGAAUUCUCCUCCUGCACCACCAAUGACCAAAUCUGAGCAGGUCCUGUUGUACAUAGUGAGGCAAAUGGAAAUACAGACACCAAACACAGUCAAUGAUAUCCUCACUCAUAUAGAAUUUUCACUAUUCCAAUUGAAUAGGACCCCUGAGUUCGAAGUUAUCGAAAGCUUAUCGCAUUUUUAUGCAUUGCUGUGUCGAUACUUUGGAUUAAAGAGCCGUUUAAGACUAUUUUUACUUGACGCUAUGUACUGUGUACAAUUUAAAGUAGUUCCACUCAUCAAGCAGUGCUUGGAUGUAUGGAUGCAUAUAUUGCCUCUAGCACACAUGGGAAUUGCCAAGAGUCCAUUAGUGACUUGCCUAGUAUACCUUCUACAUUUCUACAAGUGUGAGGAUAGAUUUAACAGGGUUCAAGAAAUUAGAAAUAUAUUGAAUCGAAAAUAUUUCUAUGAAUUCGCUGACUGGAAUGAAAAAACGAUUUUGGAAAUGUUCAAAAAUGCCAUCAAAGAUGUUCGAGAUAUUCCAAUAGAAAAGAAAAUGUUGAGAACAGCUCUGAUUAUCCUCGGAAAACGACACGGACCUAAAUGGUGCCACAACAAUAUCAUUAAAAAUAUGUUGAUGCCUAUGAUCGAAAGGGAGGGUGUCUCGAUGAAGAUAAAGCAGUUCUGUGUGCAGUUGCUAGGCGCCCUGCUCAAACCUUUCCCUGCAGACAUGAAGGUCCACUUCGAGAUCGCCGUCAACCACUUACACGACAUGCUUCAACAAGAUCCACCAGAUGCCAUGAAAGAAGCGAUAUUUACAAGUUUAAUAUACAUUAACCACCACAACCCGAAUCGUGUGAUCCGAUCGCUACUCUCCUGGAUGCCGAAACAAGUUUCUCCAGAAUUCGAGCAACUUUUGCGGGACUAUGUUAGAGGAAAACCACUGCGAUCAUGGAAGAAAAUUUUAACGAAUAUAAAAAUGUAAAAAUAGAUUUUAAGUUUUUAACCAUAGACUUAGAAAAAUAAGAAGUGUUUAGUCAGUGCAUUAUGUGGUAUUACUAUUUUCGGUUAAAUAAUUUACAAAAAAAGAAAUU